GUGCCAAUGUAACGGCCAUGCCGACUAUUGCCACGAACUGGAUGGGACCGGCUGCCCGUGUCAAAACAACACUGAAACCGGAGGCUGCCAAAACAGCGCCCAGGCUGACAAAAAGGACUGCUACAAACAACAGUGCGCCAAAUGCCGGGAAUUCUUCCACGGGAAUCCGGUGGGUGGCCACCAGUGCUACCGGCUGAUCAUCGUCGAUCAGGAGAGCUGUUUCGACCCGACGUCCCAACUCAACUGCUUUCACGAACCGAACAUUAAGAACUUGCUCUUUGGACGCUCGGUUUUUUUCGGCGUCCAGCCCAAAUUUACCAACGUGGACAUCCGCAUCACCAUCGACGUGACCUUCGGUGGAGUGGACGUCUACAUCUCUACCUCCUACGAAACGUUCGUGGUGGACGUCGACCGGGCGACGGGCAUCCACUUGGUGAGGAUCGUCCCGUCGGGGGAAGAAACGCCGGUGCGCAGCAACGUGAGCCAGUCCUCCCCGCUGGUACGAGAGGCGCAGGCGCACGGCUUGAUCACCUACAUCACCGUGAGGGAGCAGCAGGGGGUGCUAAUCGUGCGGGGCGUCCGCGAUCGGGUGGUCAUCACUUACCCGCACGAGAUCCACGCUCUGAAAUCCAGCCGCUUUUACGUCAUCUUGCUGGGCAUCGGCGGCAGCAGCCCGAACGUCACCGAGUCUCAGGGCCUGCUCUUUUUCCGCCAGGACCAGGCGCACAUCGACCUCUUCGUCUUCUUCUCCGUCUUCUUCUCCUGCUUCUUCCUCUUCCUCUCCGUCUGCGUCUUGCUUUGGAAAAUCAAGCAGUUCCUGGACUUGAGACACGAGCAACGGCGCCACUUGCAGGAAAUGACCAAGAUGGCCAGCCGGCCUUUCGCCAAAGUGACCAUUUACUUCGAGCCGGAUAAUUUGGGGGCGCCGGCCGAGUUGGUUUUCCUCCCCGCUCGCCCACACAAACUCCCAUCCUUGGCAGCGGCCCAGCCCCUUCCCAGCCGCUUGAAACCCUAUCACGAGGUCCCUUAUCCCGUGGCCCACUUCCGCCGUUCGGAGCCCUUCCUGUCUCAUCUCAUGGGCUACUCGUACUCCAGCUUCCGGGUGGGGCCGAUCACUUUGGAGCCCACGGACGAUGGCAUGGCCGGUGUGGCUACUGUCCUCUUCCAGCUACCGGGUGGGCUGCAGGCCCCCAACCGGGCUUGCCUUGGCUCUGCUCUCGUCACCCUGCGCCACAAUCUCCAGGACUACUGCAGCAGCAGCCACGGCAUGAGCAGCUCGCGCAAAGGACUGCUCAGCCACGAGAACCUGACGAGCAUGUCCCUAUGAGUUAGUGGAGGACUCCGCCCUGCUGGGGCUGAGAGGGGCUUCAGCAAUCUGCCUGGUGGAGGGGCUGAGAAGGGCAAGAACCUUCAGGAGAACAGGCGUGCAAAAUCUCUCCGGCUCGUAUGCCGUCGCUACAGACUUUACGGCCAGCUGGAGAUGCGGCCACCAAACGGAAAAGCCAGAGAUGCUCUCCGAGGCUUGUGUGCGCCUGCUCUGCUGCCCUCCUGCUUGGGAGGGUCCUCGGGCCAACUCAGUAUGAAUGGAUGGCAUCGGCCGCAGGGGUCUCGAACCUGGGUGACUUUCCGACUGGUGGACUUCAACUCCCAGAAUUACAAGGCACAGUUAAAAAAAAUAAAAUAAUUGUUUGUGGACUUCAACUC